UUAUCAACUAAAAUUUGCUUAAAUUAUUUAGAUGAUGACCAACUUUCACCAGGUCCUAAUGACCUAUUAACGGCCGUGCAAAACGCUUGGGCUCCUUUAAAAUUAAAUUUAACAAAUGACUUUUUAGUUGGUGGCUACUUUCUUCACGAUAUUAAUUCAAAACUUUCGAUCUUAAGUUUGAAUUCAAUGUAUUUUUAUCCCAAAAAUGUGCAAUCUCCGGAUUGUUCAGUUCCAAAUUCGCCUGGUGAAAUACAAUUUAAAUGGGUUGAAAAUGAAUUGGAAAAUGCAAAACAUGAUAAUAGAAAAGUUUAUAUCAUACAACAUGUCCCUCCUAUUAAUGUUACAGAUAAUACGGCAUUUCUCGUAUCCAAUUCAUCUUCAGGAUAUAAACUUAUUGGACUUGGCGACCCUAAAACAUUACAAUCACCUGAUGACUAUAAAAAUAUAGUUAUGCCAUUAUAUAAUGCUCCUUCAAUUGUUCCAGCUAUCAACCCUGCAUUUCGUGAAUACUCUUAUUCUACUUCUGAUGAAACCUUUGGCAAAUUACAAAGUUGGGUUCAAUAUUAUUGUGAUCUACAAAAAGCCAAUCAAGAAGGAAAAAUCACUUGGGAGAUUGAAUAUACCACAGAAUCUGCUUAUAAUAUGAAAGGAUUAGAUGCAAAUGAUUGGCUUGAGGUAUUAACUAACUUUUCUUUACCAGAUUCAAACACUUGGAAAUUGUAUAAAUACUUUAUUUUUGCUAGUACUAAUGUUAGUGGAUCUUAUUAUGAAUUCUUGAAUAAGUUGAAUCAUUAA